AUGUUAAAAUAUAUUUAAGAUCAAGAUUUUGGAACCUUUGAAACAUUACCAGUGCAAAGAUAGAAAAAAGUGUUUUGUAUGAAUAUGCCAAUGUAAUAGCUAAUUAAGAGUCGAUCAGUUUCUUAAAUUUUACAUGAUGAACUCAUUACGUUAUAAAAAUCAUCAGCAAGAAAAAAAUAAAAAGAAGAAUCAUAUUAAGAAAGAAUUUCAUCACCAAUAAAACCUAUAGAGAUGUCACAAUCUAAUUAAGCACUUCCUAAAAUAAAUUUACAAAAAACUUAAACAGAAUAAUUGAAUAAAACAAAAAAGAGGAUUAAAGUAUUUCAUAACAUCUCAAAAAGACAACAUGAUUUAGAUUAAUGGAAUUAAGCAUUUUAUUAAAAUAGAUCUAUUAAUGGAUAAUCUCCAAGAAUAUAAGAGAUUAAAAGAGCACUUUAAGAAUAGUUGAAUGAUGGAAAAUCUUUAAAUCUCAAUUCAAGCAAUUUAUUGAAAUUGAGUAGAACAGAAAGUCCAAAAAGAAGACCUAAUGUAAUUAUUAAUCUAAAUUUAAUAGCUUUAAACAGAAAAAACAUUGAGAAAUCUUUUAUGUGAAUAUGUUUUAGAUGAUAAAAUAGCUUUUAAUGAUUUGAUCCUAGAUAAUAAUCGUUAAGUAUAAGAUCCUAAAUAUAUGAUUGAAUAAGUAAUUAUGAACUAUGAGAUUCUUAAACAAAUAUUUCGUAUAGAAAAAACCAUUACAAAAAUUAUUUUAAAGACUCAAGGUUUAAGCAAGUAAGUUUUAUUAUUAUAAAUUAAGAAAAAUCAUUCAUACAUUCUUUAAAGAAAUUAAACCUAAUUGUCCAAAUGAUAUUUCAUAAUUUGAAUAUCAUUUUAAAUUAAGAAGAAAUAUCUCUAAAUCAUUAAUUAUCUCUAAAUUUAUUCUAGGAGUUGAUCCUGAAUUGGAUCCUACUAUAGAUAAAUUAUUAAAUAGAGAUGCAUUAUCACCUGACAUGCAAUCCAUAUUAUUAUCACCUGAAGAACUUUUAUAAAAAGCAUUAGAAACAUUAAAAUUUGAUUAUGACUACUUAAACAAAUUGAAUUAUUUCAAUAUCAACUUAUAAGACUAAAUUAAAUAGAAGUAAGUAAAGGCUAUUUAAAAUAAAUUGCUAUUAAAUGGAAGUAUCAUUGAUUAAAGUAAUCUAUCGUUGGAUUUCGAAUAACCAUCUAGUUUGCUAGCUAAGAUUAAUGAUUGUGAAAGGAGGUUAGGCAAAUUUCAAAAAAUUAGCAAUUAAUCUAGAUUUAAAUGUUUGGAAGCUGAAGCAUAUUUAUAUUAUAGGUGAACACUAGUUUACUAUGAUAUAUUAUUUAUUUAUUUAUUAAAAUGUAAUCUAGUUAAAGAAUAUUUUACCUACCAAUAGGAACAUUUAGUUAAAGUCUCUUGUGCAAAAUUUGCAAUAAUCUCACAAUAGAUCCAGUUGAAUGUACUAAUUGUGAAAAUCUUUAUUGUAAAGAAUGUUAUCAAAUUUCUAAAUCAUCAUAUGAUAAGUAUAUCUAAUUAUAACUUUGAGAUGCCCUGAUUAAAAUUGUAUUAGACCCUUUACAACCAAAUAACCUCAUCGUAUUAUUAGAGAUUAACUAUCAAAAAUAUAAUUUCAAUGUAUUAACUAUAAAGAAGGAUGUAAAAUUAUUAUGGCUUAAGAAAAUGUUAUUAAACAUAUGUCAGAAUGUCCAUAUCAAUAAGUUUCUUGUAAAUGUGGAUAAAACAUAAAAAGAACAAAUCUAGAAUAACAUGUAUAUCUUUCUAAAUUAUUUAGAAAAAUAUAUGUGUUUAUUAUUAAACCUAAAAUUGUCUUGUGUGCAAAUAAAAUUUGACUAUGGAAGAACUAAAGAGUCAUAAAUGUUUAUUAGAACUUUAAUAAUUGUUAAGAUAAUUAUAAGAGAAAUUUUAAGAUUAUAAACAAGAGUCUAAUUUUAGUAUUAUAGAAAUUAAAAAUUAAUAGAAUGAAAGAAAUAAUUAAUUAUAUUAAGCUAAAUAAUAAUUAUAAAUUCUAUAAGAUGAAAAUAAAAAAUUAUAAAUUGAACUAUAAACUAAAUUAUUGAAAUUUAAAGAGAAUAUAGAAAGAAUAGAUUAAUAAAGAAAAUAAUAAAAUGAAAUUUAAUAAUAAAAAUAAUAAGCAUAAGUCAUUUAAAAUGGAGAAUUGAUUGAUAGUAAUUAAAUGUUAUGUGAAAAAAAUCAUAAAUUAAGUUUUUGGAAAAAACCAUCAGGUGAAGAAAAGAAAAAGAAUUGUUUGAAAUGUCAAAAAUCAAAUACUACAUGUAGAUAUUAUUGUCAAUAAUGUUUAAUCUUUAUUUGUUAUAAAUGUGUGUUUCCUGAAAUAAAAUUUGAAAAAUAAUCAAUGAAACCUUAUUGUCCUUCUAAACAUUAAAUGAAUCAAAUAAACGAUGAUUUUAGAUGUUCUGCCUGCGAUAAAAAAGGAGAAGACAUGAUUUAACCAAUUGCUUUUUAAUGUGCUUAAUGUGAGUUCCGAAUAUGCUUAUAAUGUAUUAAAAACAAAAAAUUUCAAGAAAUUAAUUGA